GCUGUCACUGUCUGCUCGGUGGACAGAGGUGGACACGUACUUCUGGAGCUGGCCUCCAACACUGGGAUUUGCUUUUGGUUUUGGGAAGACCCGGCUGCGUGGCCUCCGUGUGGGAUUCUACCUGCUGAGCUUAUAGAUUUUUAUAAUUAACUACAUCCUGCUGCUGGCAGCUCAGGUUUAACCAGGGCAGGACUUCCUGUAAGCUUUGAACCAGAGGAACCGGAUUCACUCUGCGGACUCAGAGGUCAUCCCACUGACCAACUGUGAGGCCAUGUACCAGGCAGCUGUCUCCAAGCGAGCGGGCAACACCAUCCCCAGCGGGGUCAUGGAGGAAUCGGAGGUCUGCUCCCUGCCAGUGGGAAUCGCCAGUGUGAGGAAACAAUUUGAGACCCAGGAAACGGCCACAUCACACAAUGUAACCCAGUUCCAUUACCAUCACAGAACUGUGCAGGAGACAUCAAACUCGGAGGUGACGGUGUCGAGCGGCAGCAGGCAGGUCUUCCCGGGGAGCCAGCAGCUCAACUUCAACCAGGAGACGAUGGUGUCAUACAGCGACAGUAACCUGGCAUCCAGUUAUGAAAACCAUCAAGAUGAAACAGAAGAGGACUUUCCCAGGUACACUACAAAAGAACUGAGGGAUCGCUUUGAAAGAACAAUAGAAGAAGCUGCUCCUCCCAAACCAGUCAAAAUUGGACGUGACAUCAAUCGUGCUAAGUGGUCCUCAAAUGUGACACAUAACAACGCCUUGACUUGUGAGGUCUAUGAGGCGUCUGCUGCUGAGGCGAGAGAAGAAACAACAGCUGCAGUGAUGGAUUAUGAAGACUUCCCGCCCCCACCGGCUGAGGAUUCUGACUAUCUUCCACCCCCACCCCCCGACUUACUACAAAUGCCAUUAGACGAUGAUAAUAUUCCAGAGGGCUAUUACUCACCCGAGCCUCCAGAGCCAGCAAACCCCAAAUACCAACUAAACAGAGAGGCUUACAUCAAGCAGAAGGGCAUGUCAGAGCUGAAACGUCUUUACAAACACAUUCAUCCUGAGGUUCGCAGGAAUAUUGAGAAAGAGUACUUGAGUGACAACAAUGAAACAGAGAUCAGCCAGUUAGAGAGAGAAGAGUACAUGUACGAGGACGACCGUGUUAGUCCAAAUGAAAGGAACGAUGAAGAAUACGCGGAGUGGGAGGAGAUUCUUCCGGGCGAGGUGCAGAACAUGCGUUGGAUGUUUGAAAAUAAGCCGCUGGACACCAUCAAAGAUGAAACUCUCGAUGAGGAGGAGGAGGACGACGACGACGACAAGAAAAUAACUCAACAGGAAAUCAUUCUCGGCAAAGAUGUGAGACGCACAGCCUGGAUGUUUGAGACGAAGCAGAUAGAUGAGCUGGGUUCACAAAACCCCAACUCCACAGAAUAUCGAAAUAAAUUCAACAAAUUUGACAAAGGGGACGUGCGUGCCGCAGCGUGGCUGUUUGAAACCCAGUCUAUGGACACUCUGAACAAAAUGCGUAAGGAGGAGGAUUUAACUAAAGAGGUCAUGUUCACUGAAGAGGAUGGAAAUGCCACCAUUUACAUGAUUGACAAUAAGUACAUGGAAAGCCUUGGGCACACCGAGACCAUUGACGAGAGCCACCUGCUGAGUCUGAGGGCAGUGUUGGAGGAAAUUAACGGAGACGUGAAAACCGUAACAAGUACUUUUGACACUCAGUUUGAAUGCAUCAUUAUGGGACAAUCGAGCCAAAUGCUGGAGAUUAAGUCUGUGCGCAAGAUCGAAACCGAAUUGGAAAACUCCAUUGCAUCACGCUGGCUUUUCGACACCCAACCCCUGGACAUGACAAACAGAGAGCCUACACCUCUGAAACUUGUAUGCAGUCUUUCCAUGGAGGACAGCAGUAAGGGAGACUGGGGCAGGUGGCUGUUCGAGAUAAAGACGCUGAAUUCCUUCAACGAGUGGGAAAGCUCUCAGAUGGAGAAGGAAGAGCUCGUCGGAACUGAUGUGCGCAAACACUGCCUGGUGUUUGAAACGCAGCCAAUGGAUUCUCUGAAGGACGACUCCAACGCCAGACCUCAGGGUGUUGAAGAAAUCAUCGGAGGCAAUGUGAGAUCGGCGAGGAACUUUUUUGAAACCAGCCCUCAAGUAGCCAGGAAGAAUUGCACAGAAGUGGGAAAACUUAAAAAGGCAACAGUAAGUGAAGAAAUCAAAGGGGAUGUGAGACACCAAAAGUGGCGCUUUGAGAGUCAAGCUCUGGAGCACAUAAGAGAGGAAAAGAAGGAGGUUACACGAACCGUUAACAUUGAGGAAGACCUCACGCAGGAGGAUGGCACAAGCUGCAGGGCGGAUGUUCGUAAGAAUUGCUGGGUAUUUGAGACGCAGCCAAUGGAUACUUUGAAAGAUGAUUCAAAUACUCAGUCUGUGACAAAAGAGGAAAUUAUCGCGGGUAACGUGAGAUCAGCCAGACAUUAUUUUGAAACGAAUCCAGAUGAGGAGUUGAAAGAGCUUGCAGAGGUGGGCAAACUUAAAAAAGCAGCAGCACUUGAUGAGGAAAAAGGUGACGUGAGACAUCAGAAAUGGAGAUUCGAGAGCCAACCCCUGGAACAGAUUAGAGAGGAAAAGAAGGAAGUCGUUCGAACAAUCGACCUGGAGGAAAUCGACAAAGUGGAUGUCUUGAACUACAAGCAAAUCUUUGAGAGCACAGAUUUAAACUGGAGAGAUGAAUCACAGAAGAUCCUCAUAGAGGGUGCGCAAUCUGGGUCUGUGAAAUCAAAUAAAAACCUGUUUGAGUCUUCACAGCUUUAUGCCAUGCAAGACAGCUCAGGCCACUUUCAUGAGGUGAGAACAGUGCGGCGUGAAGAGGUUGUAAAAGGAGACGUGACAACCUGCAAGUGGAUGUUUGAAACUCGACCAAUUGACCAGUUUGACGAAACCAUGGAUAGAUACCAAGUUAUCAAAGGUAUUUCCAAACAAGAAAUAGAAUCUGGUGAUGUUAAAACUGCAAAGUGGUUGUUUGAAACGCAGCCUCUCGAUGCUAUUAAGUACUUCAGCAAUAUUGAAGAUGAAGAAACUGUGGAGACAAGUACAAAACAAGACGUUGUGAAGGGCGAUGUGAAAACCUGCAAGUGGCUAUUUGAGACAAAACCGAUGGACAUCCUGUGCGAAAGAUCUGAGUUGAAGGGUGAAAAUGAGUCUGAAGAAAUGCGCAAGGGAGACGUCAAGACCUGCACUUGGCUCUUUGAGACACAAGCACUUGAUACUAUCCAUGACGAGACGGAGACAGUUCUGAAAACGUGCACAGUCAAUCAAGAGGACGUUCGAGGGAAGGAUGUGAGAACGGCUUGUUUUCUCUUUGAGACAGAGAAACUGGAGAGCCUCAGCGGGGAGGAGACGGAUUCUUUCAAGCGCGUAACUGAGAUUGACAUCGGGUCUGGAGAUGUGUCGAGGAUGAAGUAUGUUUUUGAAAACCAGACCUCAGAUAUCAUGACUUCAACAUCUGACGAAGUGAUGCAAAAGCUCAAGAGAGUUCAGACUGAGGAUAUACAAAGAGGAAAUGUGGGGACCUGCAAAUGGCGCUUUGAAAACCAAUCCAUUGAUACAUUACACGAUAGCCAAGAAGAAUCGAUAAGCCGCACAGUAAAUGACGUACAAGGCGGAGAUGUAGAUAAAGGCCGCUUCAUUUUCGAGACAUGCUCAUUGGAUAAAAUCCACGAGGUGUCGGCCGAAUCUGACACGGAGCUGAUGAAAAUACAAAAGAUUGUUCGCGACAAAGAUGAGAAAGGUGAUGUGAGAAAUUACACCAUGAUGUUUGAAACUCAGCCCCUUUACGCUAUUCAAGACAAAGAGGGCCAUUACCACGAGGUCACCACUGUGACGAGUGAGGAGGUAACAAGAGGAGAUGUAGUGGGAACCCGGUGGUUGUUUGAAACCAAGCCUCUCGAUGCCAUCCAGGACACAGAUGAGGUUUAUAUUAUAAAAUCUGUCACACAACAGGAUGUGCAAAAAGGAGAUGUGACCUCUGCCAAGUGGAAAUUUGAGACCCAACCUCUUGAUAGGAUUGCUGAAGAAAAGAAGGAAUUCAUAAAGACUGUUGAUGACAUUCAAGGAGGUAACGUCAGCAUGAAUAAACACCGUUUUGAGUUGGAUGCCUCGUCACAGGAGUCCGUUAGAACGGUAAAUGUAAGUGAAAUACAAAAAGGUGAUGUUAGGACUGCGAAGUGGAGAUUUGAAACCCAGUCAAUCGAUAAAAUAAGGAGCAUGAGCUCUGAAAAUCUGAUUGAAACUGUUAAAAAGGAGGAGGUUGCCAAAGGAGAUGUUAAACAGUCGGUCUGGCUCUUUGAGAAAAAUCCUCUUGACCACAUUAAAGAGGCAGAUGAGGAUGUGGAGACAAGCGUCACUCAAGAGGAGAUCCCCAAAGCGGAUGUGAAGACAGCGACAUGGCUCUUUGAAACGACACCAAUGGAUGACUUUAAUGAGACCAAAAUGGAGAGGACUGAAAUUCUGGGGAAGAGCGUCAAGGGAACGCUUGAGGAGCUUUAUAGUCAGGAAAUGGUGAAGUCGAAGGGAAUACUCAUUGAAGCUGAUGAAAUUGGCGAUGUGAGGAUGGCAAAGUACCAGUUAAUGAAUAAGCAGGCUCCGGAGAUUCAACGAGAGGACGUCAUCAGGGGAGAUCUACAGACGAUUAUGAUGAACCUACUGAACAGACAGGAAAGAAGUGAGCAGCAGAUCAUCAUAGAUUCAGAGGAGAAGGGCAAUAUUAGUUCAACAAUGCAGGAGCUAUUCAGCCAAAAAACAGACAGCUCUACUGAAAGGGAGGAAAUACUAAGUGGGGAUAUUCGGGAAGCCAUAAACAACCUUUUCAGUGGGGACGGGUCAACGAAACAUGGAAUACUCAUCCAGGAGGAUGAAAAAGGAGACGUACAGAUGACAAUAUAUUCCCUUCUCAAUCAACAAGAGAAUGCCAAUGUUGAAAGAGAAGACAUCGUAAGAGGCGAUAUAAAGAGCACCCUCCAAAAACUGUCCAGCUCCGACAAGACAGAUCGGGCCAUGAAGAUAAGGGUGGAUGAUAUUGAGAAAGGAAAUGUCAACUUUUACUCCACAUGCAUUGAAUCUGGGGCACUCGACUAUCUUAAACAGCUCCAUCUGGGAACCGAUGAGACGUCAACUGAGAGAGAAGAAAAAGAGGAGAUCGUCGGAGGUGACAUCAGGGGCACGAAACUAAUCCUCGGUCGGAGUCAAAUGCAAAUUGAGCGCACAGUAGAGGAUGUGACACCUGGUGAUGUUCACAACACAGUUAAAGUGUUCAUGACGGAGCCAACCUUAGAGAGACCCCAAAAGGAGGAAAUCAUCAAGGGUGAUUUAAGGGCUGCUUUGAGUUCCCUCUCUGAAUCAGUGAAUCAGACAGUUGUUAUGGAGAAAGAGGAGGUGGUGAAAGGCAACAUACCGAAAACUCUGCGGUGUCUCGAGAAGGCUCAGCAGCGCUACAAGGAGAUGGAGAAGCCAGAUAUCGUACCAGGAAAUAUCAGGGGGGCUAAGAUAUCGCUUGAGAAAUCAGCAACGUCUAGAACUAAAGUUGAUGUUGAGGAUUUGGUUUCUGGAGAUGUAAAGGCCACGCUGAAAUCUCUGGAGCUGGCAAAGCAAACGGUGCGGGAAGUUGAAAGGGAGGAAAUUGUGAGGGGUGAUAUUCAAACAACAAUGCAAAACCUACACGAUGCCUCCAGUGAAAGGAUAACGUGUCAGCAGGAAAUAGAUGUGCAGGGAAACAUCAGAGGGACCAUUCAGCUCUUAAUGGAGUCUCCACCUUCACCGAGGAUGCAAAGAAGCCCGAGCCUCGAGGGUGAGUUAAAGGGUGAUGUCAAGAUGUCAAUUAAGUCAUUAUAUGACAUGCAGGAGCAAACCCAGCUGGAGAAAGAAGAGGUGAUAAAGGGGGAUGUUAAAGGCACUAUUAAAUCUCUGCUGGAAACAGCGCAGCGGGAAGCUCAAACCAAAGUCAGGCAAGGCGCAUACAGAAGAGCUCGAGUCAAGCAGAGCCCUCCAGUUAAAAACCUGAACACUGAUGCACAGAGGAACAUUCAAAAGUUAAGAACAGCUAAUGUGGUUGAAACAUCAACAUCCUUGAAUGAAACUGAAGCUGUUGGAGCAAAGACUUGUACUGUGGAGCAGUCUUCUCAGCAAUCGACAACUGUGGUGGAGCAUAAAACUAUUACUCAAAACCAUGGCAUCAAAACAUUGAAGACAGAGUUUCGUAAUCUAAAAUCUAACCAAAGGGGAAUGACAAAACAAGAAAAAACCAGAGUGAAAACUGGUGUUUACAUCUUAAAACAACAAGUGCCAGAGCCUGAUCUGCCUCUCCCACCUCCACCUCCUCCAGUAGUAGACACUGACCUUCCUCCUCCUCCUCCUCCUCCCACUCCUCCUCCUCCUCCUCCCUCUGUUGAUUCUGACAUUGAUCAGCUUCCUCCUCCACCACCACCCCUCACCAGUGAGCAGGACCUCCUCCCACCUCCUCCAUCUCAACAAGAACUGGAGAGUAUGCCAGCACAGGCAAUUCACCGUUCGCCAGCCAAAGCAAAAAAGUUGACUGUGAAAAAAGUGAAAGCUCCGGCUUUACACCAAGUCCCGAAACUGGAGCCUAAAGUGGAGAUCAGCAAAACACAAAAGGUGGAGGUUACAUCAGAGAAAAUGGUAGAAAUGAGCCAAAGCCAAUCAAAGACAACAACACAUACAUCAAAGACUGUCUCAUAUGAAAUUCCUCCACCGCCUGAGUCACCACGACCAUUACAGAAAGUUUAUGUUGCUCCUGUGAAAUUCACCCCCCCGUCUUCUCCUACUCCCCACAUGAGGGGGAUAAUGACUAAAUUCACCCCUCCGUCUUCUCCUACUCCCCAAAUGAGGGGGAUAAUGACUAAAUUCACCCCUCCGUCUUCUCCUACUCCCCAAAUGAGGGGGAUAAUGACUAAAUUCACCCCUCCGUCUUCUCCUACUCCCCACAUGAGGGGGAAAAUGACUAAAUUCACCCCUCCGUCUUCUCCUACUCCCCACAUGAGGGGGAUAAUGACUAAAUUCACCCCUCCAUCUUCUCCUCCUCCCCCCAUGAAAGGGAAAAUGACUAAAUUCAACACUCCUCUGAUAAAAGCAGAAGAACAGUUCCGGAAGCUGAGAGACGAAAACACGCCCCCAACAACUCCAACCCCCAUUUACAUACAUGACUCAGUUAGUGCAGCUCUUGAGAUGCUCUCCAACGAAGACAUAGAGCAGUUCGAUACCAAAACAUCAGAAAUCACAAAGCAGCAAGCUGAAAAGACGGCUCUCAAUGUUUAUUCAGACUUAGUACCAUAUGAUUUAUCCAAGCAAUUUGUUAAUACCACCCAUGGCAAUGUCAGUGCCAGUCAGGAGACAAUGCUCAGUGAUUCUAUGAUUAUAUCUAAUGCUAAACAGCAAAUUGUCUCUGAGACUUCUAAGGUUGUCUCCGUUCAAAAGACUUCAGUGAGACAACAGAUGCAUUCGACAUCACAGAAAACAGUUUCCGUUUCCUCCAGUCAGUCUGCGGCGUCUGUCAUUACUGGCGAAGUCCACACGUCAAACACUGAAGUUGCAAAAGCAGAAAACAUGACUGCUGAGAGAAAGGAGUCUAAAAGUCAGAAAACAAAGGGAUCCGACAAAUCUGAAGAUAAAAAGGAAGCCGAGAUGCCUAAACCUGAACAUUCUGUCACUGCUGAGGAGAAUGUAAAAUCAAGCAAAACGCAAUCUGAGAGCAAGAAGACUAAAGACAAUACAGCACCCAAAUUAAACCCUAACCUUCCUAAUCAGUCCUCCAAAACAGUCAAAAAUGUAAAGGAGUCAAAAUCACCACAGCGUGAAAACAAAAAGAAGAAUGAUCACUCUCCUACCAAGAGCCAAGAGAAAGUUUCUGAUCAGCCAGUGCAAACAGAAAAGACAGCUGACAACGCAAAUGGAAAAACAGGCAAACAGAACCAAAAGGGGAAAAAGAACAACAAACAAGAGAAGCAAGUAGAGACGAAAAUGUCACAUGAGAGUGAGAAACAGAGAGUUUCACAAGAGUCGAAGGUGGAAACUACCAGGGUGAAAGUGAUCAGUGAAUCUAAAGAGUUAAAACUUGGAAUUAAGAAAGUCACUGCCUCGCCUGCUCCUGUCUCAGCGCUUGCUGCUUCUGAGAUCAUAACAGACAGCCAAUUAGAAACUCCGACUCCCACAAAGAGGAAAAAGAAGUCCAAAAGGUCUAAAGGGGGAUCACCGCCAAGUCAAAGUAAAGAUGUUUCCACGGAAUCGAAGGUAGAAGCUAAAAAAACCAAGACUGUUACUACCCAUCAAACUCAGGACACAAUUGCAGUUGCCCAAGUUCACAAAAGUUUAAAAGAAGAGCACAUGCAAGUCAUGAGAGAAGUCAUCGCCACAGACCAUCAGAGUUCCCAGAAACUAAAAGGAAUUCAAAAAGACGUGAAGUCGUCUGAAAAGAAGAAAGGAGUGACGCUUCUUCAGCAGAGCGUGGAGGAACCGCAAAAAGAAAGUAGGAAUGUCCCAAUUACAGUGACAGGCGAGUCAGAACAAACUCAGAUGGCUAAAUCCACGACCGGGAGAACAGAUGGGGAAUCUCAAAGGCGAGAGGUCCAAGUGUUAAUCUCUCACAUGACAGAGCUACAAAGAAAAAAUGAUUCUAAAUCUUUAAAGACUCUGCUCAGUGCAGUCCCAGAUUGGCUCAUAAGUCCACAGAGAAAAUGUGAACUGGAGGGAUCUGUGGUGGAAAGUGAUGCGCAUAAAAAUAAAGAAAUUCUCUCACAUGUGAGGAAACUAGCCGAAGCUAAACUAAUGCAUCUGGAAGAUAAUGAGACAAUGGAGAAGCAUGAAUGUGAGUCAGUUUCUGAGAAGGCUAUUUCUAGUGGGGCAACACCAAGAAUUCCCAAGAUCAGUAUUGGUUCUGCCAAAAUUGAGAACCAAAUAACUAAAAAGACUUCUCAAGUAUGGAGGGAAGAAGUGAGUCAGUUCAAGUCUGUCGACUUGCGCGCUCCUUCGCCAUUACUGAGGAUGCGUUCUCCCUCGCCGACAUUUAUCACUAUAGAAUCCACACGAAGAACCGACUCACCCCAGAGGGUAACCCCAUCACCUACCCUGCUGCACAGGCCUCCCACACCUCCCACGCCACCACCACGCAGGUGUGACACACCGACAUCUCGCCUCAAUAGAAUAACACCCUCUCCAACUUUCGACAGAGCAGAAAAUUUGGCUCGUCUCAAAGACACAACAGCCAAGCUCUCACGUGGCGUCACCCCACCGCCCCUUCUUUCUCCUCAACAGAUAUCAGAGAAGAAGUCAGAGAUUGUGGAACCGCCUGCAUCAUUCCAUCGGCAAAUCAAAAUCGAGUCCCAAAUUGUGGAGGCUCAGACUUUGACAGCACAUGAAACACAAAGUGAGUCUGAGACUCAAGCACCGUUGUGUCCAUAUAACCCAGAUCUCGAAGAAGAUUCAGAGCUAUCGUCUGCAUCUGUCAAAGAAAAGAGAGAGUUUUUUGAAGAUGCCCAAAAGGCUGAAAUUAAAAAGACCUAUGUGCGGAAGGAGCCCAUUACUAUCCUUGAACGACUGGGCCCUGACAUGGAGGAGGAUGUAGCAGAAAAUAAGAACAAAGAAACGGAUGAGCUUCCCAGAGCAGACUUGUCUGGUCUUGUAAAUAAAUUUGAAUCAUCAGAAGAGAAAAUGUAUUUCAAAAAAGAGCUUAUCCCACUCGCAAAGCAGCUUCACAACAAAACUGAAGGAACAGCUUGUAACAAAGAGAAAGUAGACAUCCUGGAACAGGGAAUGCCAAGUUUUGACAUCCAGGCUAUUAAAAAUGUUUUUGAACUGGGUGAGCUAAGUUCCUCUUUCAGAGAGGAGAGAGAGGAUCAGGAGGAGCCUGAGUCAAAUCUGAGUGAAACAACAGCAGACACUUCAAAGCGGGAAAGGCCCCAAGAGACCAGGGGAGGCUCACGGCAGAGCACCCCCCUCCCUCUCCAGAAACAUGAGGCACAAGCUGUGCCAGCAGAACCAUCAGCCUUCUCUGAAGCCAAAUCAAUCACAGAACAUUUCUCAAAUGUUGAUGAGUUUGGUAAUGAGGUCGUCGGAACAAGGACGGCUGUCAUCAAGCAUUCGGAGAGCGCAUCAACCCAACAGGUUCCUUUUUCCUACGCCGAUGUAGUCAAAAGAAAAGCUGCAGCAGCGAGGCGAACAGAAACGUACGAUGAAGAUGCUACGGAGAAGCUGCUGAGGAAUUUCCACAAAACGUGGACGGAGAGUGAGACAGUUUUCAAGAGUCUUGGCUACACUGUUUCUGAAGAGACGACGGCACAAGUUCUAUCAAGUGAAACAAGGAUCGUCUCAUCUGGUUCGAGUUCCGAAGUCGGAGCUCUGCACACUGUGUCGGAGGAGAGCUUAUCCAAUGGAUGCUCUGAUAGUGGACAAAAAAAAGUACCAUAAAUCCUGUUUCUGCUGUGAGCACUGCAAAAAUAAAUUAAGCCUUGGAAAUUACGUCUCCCUCCACGGACACUUCUACUGUCUGCACCAUUACAAACAACUCCUCAAGUCCAAAGGGAACCACGAUAAUGGACUUGGGCUGAAACCUCCCGCAGGAAGAGGUGGACCUAUCCCCUCAGAUGAGAAACUUGAAUGGAGAUAUUCCAUGAGCAGCAUUAGUUCAGUAGACAAAACACACAGCGGUGAAAACGAAACGACAAAAGCAUUUGAUGAAAACAAACCGCACUCCAGCAAAAUAUCUGUAGUUUGGCCCCCACAGGCCGAUCCCCCAAAGAAAGCCUUUAAAAUAGAAGAAGACAUUCAGCUAACUAAACCGCAGUGGCCCCCUCCAGACAACUCCCCCAGGUCCCCCAAACAACAGCACAGAAAGGCUGUUCCCAGAAGUGUCCUUUGAAAGAGAGUCACCAAAAUGUACGGUUUAGUCAAGUAAAUACAAAGACGAGCAGCACACAACAAUGAAGGGUAAUAGAAAAUGUUACAGAACUGUCCUGGAGGCACAUUUCAGGAAGUGUUUGGUUGAAGGUCGCGCAGUAAGUUGAUUCAAAAGGGAACAUGAGAUGUAAGGAUACGAUAAACUGUAUCAUAGAUGGUGUGAAAAAGCAGGUUUUAAUUGUAAGUUUUAGAGAGAUAGAUGUGGAAAGUGGAAGCAGAUGUGAAGUGGUGUGCUUUGAACUGACGUGCUUAUGUGUAAUUUUACAUCCGCUGAAUAUUAUAUAUUUGUUUACAUUUAGUAUUUGACACAAAAUAAUUCGAUUUUCAAAUUUGACAAAAAACAAUAUUAAAUUCCUCGCACUUCAAUAGGGACCUUGCACUAUUUGUGCUCGGGGCCUAAUAACCUGAUACAAAUUUUUAUUUUUCUCGUUAAUAAAGACAGUAUCAUGUCAAAUUUAGUAGUAUAACAGUCAAAUAAUAUUAGUAUUAGCAUUGUAAAAGAGAUAAACAUUUUCAAAAAUAAUCUGCCCUCCCUGUUUCCUUUUCACCGCUUUUGUUUUAGUCUACCAUUAAUUGGUUAAUUGUACAAUUCAGUAAAUUUUUUUUGUAACUGCAUGGUGAUGCUGUUCUGCUGUUGUAUUAUUUCGUCAGGGUUUUUAUCUUUUAACAUAUCAACAUUUUUUCAUUUGUCUUUUUAGCACCUGGUGUGCAGACUACUAAAAAGCAUAUUGGAAUUAUUUUAUUUAUAAUAUUGAAAGUAUAUAAUAUAAACCAGUGAGUUGGUGGUUAUCAUGUUUGUUUUGGACAUUUGUAUCCUAUCUUGAACGACAACUAUUUUGCAAUGAAGAAUUGUAUUUUUUAGAUUAGACCGAUAUAAGACAAUUCCUGACUUUGUCAUGCUGUCAGGCUGGUUCACUUUCUUUAUUGCUGAUCUAAGGGCAAUAAAAUGUAUGAAUGUCA